CAGCGAAUGAGCUCUGAUGCACCAUAAGUCUAAAUUUAAACUUUGGGAAUACCCAUCAGCUAUAAAUAUACACAAUGUUUUUUUUUAAUUUAAGCAUUGCUGCGAUAUUUGAAAAUACCACACAGAGCAGAACAGAAUAUUAAAGUAGAUGGCGGAAAAUUCUGAUUCCCUAAAGGCUCCGAAGAGCUCCUUUAAACAAGUACAUGAAAUAGCACAGAAACUUCAUAAAGAGGUCAAAGUAGAUUAUGAAAUUCACACAGAGGGAUUUCUGGCCACUCUUCAUCUUGGAGAUGACACAUUCACAGGAACUGGAAGUAACAAAACAACUGCAAAAGACAAUGCUUCGGAAGAGGCGUUAGAAAUUUUGAGUUUAAAAUCAACUCCGACUCCGGAGAAGAAAGGGACAGAAAAAACAGCGGUUACAGAACUAAACGAGCUUUGUCAAAGACUUAAACAACCAAAGCUACGUGUAAGAUAUGAUGAGGCAGUAUCGGUAGGGGACGAAUUUGUGUGCAAACUUGUCAUCAUCCACGGGAAAGAGGAAGGAGGAGAGGGUGAGGAGAAACAUGAAGGAAAGGGGAGGUCCAAGAAGGACGCAAAACAUAACGCGGCCUCCGUUGCGUUACAGAAAAGUGACAUCUUACAGUCGUUCAAGGACGAUUCUUGUACUCCUACGACGGGUAGAAGCUACGAGUGCAGACAAACACAAACUGGAUAUGCGCUGAUCGUGUAUUUCACUAAAGACAGAGCCUGGGCGGAUCAAGACAUAAAUAAUAUUAUAGGGUUUAUGGAAAACACGCUAAAGUUCCGUUGCAUAGUCGUAAAAGACCCUAAAGAAAAAGAACUGAUGCAAGUACUUAAAGAGACGGCCACUCACCUGAACGACAAUGCUAGAGACUACUACUGUUUUACAUUCUUUAUUAUGGGUCAUGGGAACCAGUUUGGGAUCAAUACAGUCGACAAUGGCAAAAAGAGAACAAUAAGUGUAGAUGACAUUUUAGAAAACUUCAAAAAUAACAAAAUUCCUGCUUUCACAGGCAAACCAAAGGCAUUUUUUAUUCAAAGUUGUCGAGGUGAAGCUUACCAAGAUACGAUGGUUCAACCAGACAAUGACGAAGAAGAGGAGGAUGCAGAGAAGUUCCGAGUACCAACAGACGGAGACAUCUUUAUUGCCUAUUCCACUACGGAAGGGUACAGAUCAUAUCGUCAUAAAGCUGUAGGCUCAAUAUUCAUCUACAGCUGUGUAAAUAUAUUUGAGAAAAAUUACCCUACCACUCACUUAGAGGAAAUGAUGAUAGACGUUAAAGCCGACAUUGCACUCGGUCCAAGAUGGCGACGAACUAAGGACAAAAAAGAGAUUGCUCAGAUGCCGUGCUCUUGGAGUACAUUGACAAAACGAUUUUAUUUUAUAGUUGCUACGUUGUAAUAGAACAUAAUUGAUAAUCUAUCGCAGUACGUAUGAUGAAUGUAUCUCUUUCUUUUAUUUUAUCUGUUUUGCUUAAGUUGCUCUUUUAAUCACUAUACACAAUAAUUAAACUCUUUAGAUUUUUCUUAUUAAAUCUUAUUUUGUCGUGAAAAUGAAAAUAAAUAAAUAAGUAUCUUAAGUAAUGUCAAUGUGUUUGCAUGUAAAAUGCAAUAUACCGGUAUAUCCUUCUUGAAAAUUGAGUUGUAAGUUAUACUGAAACAAAUAUGAAUCAUGAAAGUAUAAAAAAUAAAAGCAUGAAAUGUCCAAA